GGCGGUGGCGCGGGCGGCGGGUUGGCGGCCGGAGCCGGAGGACCAGCGCCUGGAGCCGGGCCGGAGCCCACGACUUGGCGACUCAGCGGCGGCGCUGCAGCUGCGGGGCCCGGGCGCGCGACCCGGCGGGCCGACGGCGGGGCAGCCGGGCGCGGGUGCCGCGGGCCGGGGCGGGCCAGGUGAUGGAUUUGGAUAUAUUUCUAUGAAGAAAUGCCACGUGUCUCCACUGAUCCAAGAGCAAACAUGUCCAGACUGCUGCCCCCUUAGGGGAGAGGGCUGGAUGACAGCUCGUCCCGGGGAGUCAGGCGUGGUCUGACCCAGGAGCAGGAAACACAUCAUCACCAAUGACAUCAUGACAGCAAGAGAGCACAGCCCUCGCCAUGGCGCCAGGGCCCGUGCACUGCAGCGGGCUUCCACCAUCGAUGUGGCAGCUGACAUGCUUGGCCUCUCUCUGGCAGGAAAUCUACAAGAUCCAGAUGAACCCAUUUUAGAGUUCAGCUUAGCUUGUAGUGAGCUGCAUACGCCAUCGCUAGAUCGGAAACCAAAUAGUUUUGUAGCAGUGAGUGUGACCACCCCUCCUCAGGCAUUCUGGACGAAGCACGCGCAGACGGAGAUCAUCGAGGGAACCAACAACCCUAUAUUCUUAAGCAGCAUUGCCUUCUUCCAAGACUCCCUCAUCAAUCAGAUGACGCAGAUCAAACUCUCCGUGUACGACGUCAAAGACAGAUCUCAGGGAACAAUGUACCUACUGGGCUCUGGGACCUUUAUUGUCAAGGAUCUGCUCCAGGAUAGGCAUCAUCGGUUGCAUUUAACACUAAGGUCUGCAGAGAGUGACCGAGUGGGUAACAUCACGGUGAUCGGCUGGCAGAUGGAGGAGAAGUCAGACCAGCGGCCUCCAGUGACCCGGACUCUGGACACCGUCAACGGGAGGAUGGUCCUGCCCGUGGACGAGAGCUUGACCGAAGCGUUGGGAAUCCGAUCCAAAUACGCUUCAUUGCGUAAAGACACUUUACUGAAAUCGGUGUUCGGUGGUGCCAUCUGCCGCAUGUACCGCUUCCCCACCACCGACGGCAACCACCUGCGGAUCCUGGAGCAGAUGGCGGAGAGCGUGCUCUCCCUGCACGUGCCCCGGCAGUUUGUGAAGCUGCUGCUGGAAGAAGAUGCGGCCAGAGUGUGUGAACUGGAGGAGCUGGGGGAGCUGUCUCCCUGCUGGGAGAGCCUCCGGCGCCAGAUCGUCACUCAGUACCAGACCAUCAUCCUCACGUACCAGGAGAACCUGACCGACCUGCAUCAGUACAAAGGUCCCUCGUUUAAAGCGAGCAGUUUGAAAGCAGAUAAAAAGUUGGAAUUUGUUCCCACAAACUUGCACAUACAAAGGAUGAGGGUUCAGGACGACGGAGGAUCAGAUCAGAGCUACGACAUCGUCACCAUUGGGGCGCCAGCCGCUCACUGCCAAGGUUUUAAGUCAGGAGGCCUCCGCAAAAAGCUGCACAAAUUUGAAGAGACCAAGAAACAUACGUCAUCCAGCUGCCAGUCCAUCAUCUACAUACCACAGGACGUCAUCAGAGCCAAGGAGAUCAUCGCCCAGAUCAACACCCUGAAAACCCAAGUGAGUUACUACGCAGAGCGGCUCUCGAGGGCGGCCAAGGACAGGUCUGCCACUGGCCUCGAAAGGACACUGGCCAUCUUGGCAGACAAGACCCGGCAGCUGGUCACCGUCUGCGACUGCAAGCUGCUGGCCAACUCCAUCCAUGGGCUGAACGCAGCGCGGCCCGACUAUAUUGCCUCCAAGGCCUCCCCCACCUCGACCGAGGAGGAGCAGGUGAUGCUCAGGAAUGACCAGGACACCCUCAUGGCCAGGUGGACGGGCAGGAACAGCCGGUCUUCUCUGCAGGUGGAUUGGCACGAGGAGGAGUGGGAGAAAGUGUGGCUGAACGUUGACAAGAGCCUGGAGUGCAUCAUCCAGCGGGUGGACAAGCUGCUGCAGAAGGAGCGCCUGCUCGGUGAGGGCUGCGAGGACGGCUUCCCCUGCUCGGGCAGCGGCACCAGCAAGAAAGAUUGCAGCCCCCCUCCUGAAGAAUCCAGCCCAGGUGAAUGGAGUGAGGCCCUUUACCCGCUGCUGACCACACUCACAGACUGUGUGGCCAUGAUGAGCGACAAAGCCAAGAAGGCCAUGGUCUUCCUGCUCAUGCAGGACAGCGCGCCCACCAUCGCCGCCUACCUGAGCCUGCAGCACCGCCGCGACGCCGUCUUCUGCCAAACCCUGACUGCUCUCAUCUGCGGCUUCAUCAUCAAGCUGAGGAACUGCCUGCACGACGACGGCUUCCUGCGGCAGCUCUACACCAUCGGGCUGCUCGCCCAGUUUGAGAGCCUGCUGAGCACCUACGGUGAGGAGCUGGCCAUGCUGGAGGACAUGAGCCUUGGAAUCAUGGACUUGAGGAACGUGACCUUCAAAGUUACACAGGCCACCUCCAACGCAUCGACUGACAUGCUGCCGGUCAUCACAGGAAAUCGGGACGGGUUUAACGUGCGGAUCCCUCUGCCGGCCCCCCUGUUUGACACCCUGCCCCGGGAGAUCCAGAGCGGCAUGCUGCUUCGGGUGCAGCCAGUCCUCUUCAACGUGGGCAUCAACGAGCAGCAGACGCUGGCCGAGAGGUUUGGCGACACGUCGUUACAAGAAGUUAUCAACAUGGAGAGUCUGGUGCGGUUAAACUCCUACUUUGAGCAGUUUAAGGAAGUGUUGCCUGAGGAUUGCUUGCCUCGCUCUCGGAGCCAGACGUGCCUGCCGGAGCUGCUGCGGUUCCUGGGCCAGAACGUCCACGCCAGGAAGAACAAGAACGUGGACAUCCUCUGGCAAGCUGCUGAGGUCUGCCGCCGUCUUAACGGGGUCCGGUUCACCAGCUGUAAGAGCGCCAAGGACCGCACAGCCAUGUCGGUGACGCUGGAGCAGUGCCUGAUCCUGCAGCACGAGCACGGCAUGGCCCCGCAGGUCUUCACCCAGGCCCUGGAGUGCAUGCGCAGUGAGGGUUGUCGAAGAGAAAAUACAAUGAAGAAUGUUGGAAGUCGCAAAUAUGCGUUUAAUUCCCUGCAGCUGAAGGCUUUCCCCAAGCAUUACAGGCCUCCCGAAGGGACUUACGGCAAGGUUGAAACUUGAACACCCGGUGUCCUCUCAUUAGCUGUUAUAGAACAAAUGUGGGUACCCUCUAGUGUCAUACACGAGUUCUUCACGAAGACCUGAAGGACUGGUUUUUACUUUUGUGUUUUUUAAAAAAUAUUUCACUAAAGAGUCUAUGAAGCAUGUUUUUUAUUCGGUUGGAAUUAGUAGGAGGUAAUGUUGGCUCAAUAGUGUGGAUAGUAACAACUGCCCAUUUAAACCGCCUGCAGCCAGAACUUCACAGAUAGAUGUCAUGAUAGUCACCUGUAGGACUCAAGCUAGGUAGGUCUGAGAUGCUAAGACUUUUUAAAUGCCCCCCUAGGCAGCUGCUCACUUAUUUUUCUACUAAGUAACUCAAAAUUGAGCAUUGAAUUACAAUCUACUUAUAAAUCUGAAUGUAAAACAAUAAAUAGUAAACAGUUGGAUCCUGGACAGACCAAUAAGUGUUAAAUGUUAAUUCAAGUUUUGGGGAGAGGCUAGCUCUGGCUCAGGCAGUGAGAGCAGGUGGUUCUGAAUUAUCCUGUGAGGGCACAGGUGGGGCCAGAGUCGCAGGCUGAGAAACAGCGAGACAGACCUGAUCGGAAGGUAACACGUGCAGAGCCGCUCGCUCACACAGUGGCGGCCACGUCUGUUCCUUGGAGUUCUGGAACGCCGUGAGCUUGGGAACAGGAAGCCAGCUGCCUGCCUGUCCUCUUAGCCUGCACGUCGGGCCCCACCCCGCCCGGUGCAGGUGCCCUUCCCCUGGGUGCCCCAGGGCCUCUCCGCAGUGGGGUUUAUGUGUAGACAUGGAAGCCUGAAUCUUUUCAGAACAGACUUCCUUUUGUGGGUUUCCCAAUUGUCUUCUAAAAAACAAUACAAUCAUGUUUGAAGGUCUGAUGAAAGUGUCUUUUAAGUUUGCAAUAAUUGUUACUAUCUUCUCAUUCUGUUAUGAAAGGUGACUAUUGAGAAAGUUGAAAUUAGCUCCGAAAAUGAGAUUUUGAAAGGGAUCAAUGGGCCAUAAAACAGGGAUUUCAUAGAAAAUGUUGUCUGGUCAUCUAUUAUAAGAUGAUGAGUCUUAUCUGCACAUAGCAGAGUUUUUUCCUCAGCUUAUAUGUUUUAUCAAUUGUUUAUUGUGAUGAUUAUGUUUAUAUGUUAUUUAAAAGGCUGCAAAAGAAAUACAUGUGACACAGUGAUGAUGUUGAUCCUAAUGAUUGGUGCACCCUUAGGAAAUCCCUGUGUCUAAGAUAUUGCCACUUGGAAACGUGUAACAAACUUGGGCCUGGGGAGCUGAGGCACAGGCCAGAGUGCCCACGGCCGGGUGCCAUUCGAUGGCCUUCCAGACCCCUUCCCACGCGGAAGCCAGUGCGCAGACAGAGCCUGCUGUCUCCUGAGGCCCACGGAGGGGGCGUUCCCACUGGCUGAAUGGGAACUGGUGUGGAGGACGCAUCCAUGAGCGACAGUCGCAGCUCAUGUCGCUGUCAGAGAAACCCACGUCCACGUGCCCACUGCAGAGGUGGUGCCGGGGCAGGUUCUCUGGGGCCCAUCCCUGUUCAGUUUCCAAUAUGGCUGACUUAGCCUUUUACCUCUCACCGCUUCAUUCAUUUUGUAAUUUUUCUAGUAUCUUUUAUAUUUUCAUCUUUUUUUAUUUUAUCUUCACUACCUUUUAAAAUAUUCCCUUGUCUUCUUGAAUUAAAUGCCACCCAUAUUUCUGUUGUCAUUGUCUGAAGAGCAUUAAAUACCUACAUUUAUCAAAAGGGAAUAUAGCAGAUGUUGAGUCAACUGUUAGCAGUGUUGCAUGGGGCACCUUUUUGUGAAUUAUUUUCCAAUUUUGGCUUCAUAUUAUGCACAUCAUAAAACUCUGAGACUUGGCUAACCAUGUGGAAAACGCUCAGGCUCCGAAUCCUGUCUGAGCCCUGCUGCGGCUCCCGUGCGGAGCCUCCGGGCACCCGCCGCGCUUACCACGCUCGCUGAGCAAGGCCGUUGUCACGGUGCAGCAGCGCCUGGGACGCGAAGGAGCUUUGCGUUUCCAGUUGCACAAGGAAGGCAGUCUUACGGGUCACCACAAAAUAGAGGUUCCGCCCAGUGUCCCUCCUCGGGCCCCCACUGAACAAGAAACACUGAGAGCUGAAAACCGGGUGCGCUGGGGGUGUCAGCACUGCAGCACAGCGCCUUUGGUUUGGAAACACACGGAUACUGGACAGUACGGUUUUGUCCCUGCACAGUUGUAUUUGCCAAGCUUGGUGCACUAAAGUACUUUUAUUUAUUUGUUUUGGCCAGUAUUAAUAUAUAUAAACAUGUACCGUUUUAUAUAUUCUUAGCUCAUUCAAAGCCAUGUAUGCUGUAAAUGUGCUAGUCUUUAGGAUAAUAAAUAACUGACGAGAAC